AUAUUGGCCUAUGCGAUUGGAAUUUGGAAAAAAUUUAGAAUUUGAUCGUAAAUUUUGGAAAGAUCCAACUAUAUAUACAAAAAGAAAGAUUGGGCAUUUGACAUAUACAGAGGAUCCUCAAGGUCUACGUGAUUUACUCACACGUAUUUUUCCGGAUGGCAAGUCUUUAGUGGAUACUAAAAACCAAACGACUUUCAGGCGACAAAACCUUGACUUUAUCAGAAUUUUUUCGUCUGAUCCGCAAGUACAAGCAUUUACUCGAUACCUUUGCGAAGACUUUAAUGCUAAUGAUGAUGAACAAGCAUUAUCAGCAUUUUGUACAGGAAUACUUUCAGAAUGCUUGAAUGAGGAUAAAGUGGAGGCGAUUCAAAUUUAUCAAAAGCUUUAUCAAAUUCAACAAGACAUGGAAGGAAUUAAUGAAAUGGAUUUAUGGAACGUCAUGUUAGUUCUUGAGUAUUAUGAAAACAUACCAGAAAUAAUAUACCGCAGCGAGGAUAACGCAGAAGAUCAAAAAAACAAAAGUCGAUUAACCGAUGAGAUGCUUAUCAAGAAAGAAUUUAUUGCAUCUUUAAGGUUUAUAAUGGAGCGAUAUUUCGAAAUUCCUUUCGAUGUUUUUGUAUCUUUCCUUGCUGAAAAUUCACCGUCGUCAA